UCCAAAGCAGCCAUGGAACCAGUGAACCAAGGAGAAAGAAGUGUGUUGAACUUUGGGACUAUUGGUACAGUACUAACGGGUGAUCAACAUACCCAUCCUACAGACGAUUGCAGUAGGCAACGCUUUAUCAAACUGUGUGAUAACACCGCCAAUGAAAUCAAGUUAUUUACAGAGGAUAUGAUAACAAUAUCAGCUGUUGACAAAAUUGCCGAACAGCUGAUAUCAGGUGUGAAAUGGAUACCAAUAACUGGCAGUCCUGGAGAAGGGAAGACAACUCUAGGCUACCUGAUCCUGAAGGAGAUGAAAGAGAAAGGAUGGAAUGUUUGUGUACUCAAUCAACCAGAGGAUUAUGAUACAGUACAUUCAUUUGCUGAGGGAAAGACUCUGUUCAUGCUUAACGAUGUCUGUGGACCAUUUGCAUACGACCCUUUUGCCUUGAGUACGUGGAGACAAUUCAUUAUUAAUGUACAGGAAAGGAAAAGUCAUCAAGAUACAGAAGCCUAUAUUUUUAUAGGUAGAGAAAACGUUUUCAGGGAAGUUCGAAGACAUUUUGGAAAGCACGAGGAAAACAUUUUUGGUAGAUGGUUUAAUCUGAGUGACCAGGAUUCGUUUCUGUACAAUGAACGUCUGUACAUUCUCAACAUGCACUUGGAUAAAGGCAAAGUCAAUGUGAGAGAGAUCGACCAGGAAACAGUGUGUUCACAUACUGGUCCACAUGGUUUUCCUCAUUGUUGUAAGAUGUUUGUUGAACUAAAAAACAGGGGAACAGACGUAAACAUUAUUGAAUUCUUUCAAAACCCUCUUGAGUUCCUGGGUCAAACUAUCAAAGUUCUUCUUUUGGAGAAACACACAAACAUGUUUUUGAAAGAAAUGAUAAUCAACAAUGGGAAGUUUGAUGUUGAUGAAGUUGAAAAUGAUGACAAACGGGGAGAAAUAAGAGCUGCCGAGAGAAGUCUGUUUGGCAGCUAUGUGAAACUUGUUAAUGGUGUAACUGUGUUCACCCACCCUUCUAUAUAUGAGAGUGUUGCCUUUGGUAUCGGAAGGGAUGAUCCUCUGUUCAUCAUACAGCACUGCAACAUACCAUUCAUCUUGCAAAGAAUGAGGAGGGAAGAUCCAAUGAGUGACGUAUGUGCAAAGGGUGAAAGCCCAAACUACCUUCGAAUACAUGUCUCAAAGAAAGCUGUACUAAAGUAUCUGGUUCCUAAACUAACACGGGCCCUCACAAAGGAUUUUCGUGUUCUACAAUAUGAUAUCUGCCAUGAUGAAACAGUUUGCAAACACAUAUUUGAAGAAUUUGUGAGAACUUUUCAAGGCUUGCAUUCAAGUGCCGAGGUAGGUUUUAAUUAACCCUUGGGUGGGGCAAAUAUACAUGAA